GCUUUCCCUCCCUCUCCACCCCUGCAGUCACCGACCGCUUCGAUGAAGGCGAGCGAGGCCGAAAGGAGAGCCCCCUCAAAGCCGGGUGUGAAAGCCGAGAAGUGAACCCCCUUCCCUUCCCUCCCACCGCGGCGGUGUGUCGAGAACCUCCGCGCCCCGGCACGGCAGCCCACCGACUCCUGCGGUCGCUUCUCCGUCCACGUCGCCUGGAUUCGAUCGUCCGAGCAGCACCAUGGGAAAUGAAGCAAGUUUCCCCCUGGAGAUGUGCUCGCAUUUCGAUGCUGAUGAGAUCAAGCGGCUCGGGAAGCGCUUCAAGAAACUCGACCUGGAUAACUCGGGCUCGCUCAGCGUGGAGGAGUUCAUGUCGCUGCCCGAGCUGCAGCAGAACCCGCUGGUGCAGAGGGUCAUCGACAUCUUCGACACGGACGGCAACGGCGAAGUGGACUUUAAAGAGUUCAUCGAGGGUGUGUCACAGUUCAGUGUCAAAGGCGACAAGGAAUCGAAGCUUCGAUUCGCCUUCCGGAUAUACGACAUGGACAAGGACGGCUACAUCUCCAACGGCGAGCUCUUCCAGGUGCUGAAGAUGAUGGUGGGCAACAACCUGAAGGACACGCAGCUCCAACAGAUCGUGGACAAAACCAUCAUCAACGCCGACAGGGACGGCGACGGCAGGAUAUCCUUCGAAGAAUUCUGCGCCGUGGUCGGCGGCCUGGACAUCCACAAAAAGAUGGUGGUGGACGUGUGAGCGCUCCUUGUCCUUCUCGCUACAGUCCCCGCCCCCUUUCCCUUGUCGCGGCCUCCAUCGCUGAAGACAUGCUCAACAAGUAUACAACAUGAAAGAAAAAAAAAAAAAAGGUAAAAACACGACGGAGGAAUGAUCUCUCUUUCCGGGAGGCUUCUGGCUAACUUGAGAAGUGAAGAGCGAGCGAUGCUAACUUAGGAAAAA